UGCCUUGCCUUUUAAGCACUCUUUCCUUCCAAACUUUACACAUCUAUACACCUCAUCUCCCUGUCCGUCGUCGUCUACCGAUCCCCCUUCCCUGUCAUCUCCCUCUCCCUCUCCCGAGCACAGGAGAGGAGAGCAUGCCUGGAUGUCCACGGAGAGGGAGAGACUCGAUGAGAUCGGCAAGAAGAUCAAGCGAGAGCCGGACACAGCCACCCUCGCCCUCGCCGCCGCCUCCGCCUCCACCGCACCGGCCGACAGCCGCGUCCCCCGCCGCGUCGGUCUCGGCCUCGGCGGCGCCCUCAACACCGUGACCCCCUGCGCCGCGUGCAAGCUCCUCCGCCGCCGCUGCGCGCAGGAGUGCCCCUUCGCCCCCUACUUCUCGCCGCACGAGCCCCACAAGUUCGCCGCCGUCCACAAGGUCUUCGGCGCCAGCAACGUCUCCAAGAUGCUCUUGGAGGUGGCGGAGGGGGAGAGGGCAGACGCGGCGAGCAGCCUGGUGUACGAGGCGAACCUCCGGCUGCGGGACCCGGUGUACGGCUGCAUGGGCGCCAUCUCCGUGCUGCAGCAGCAGGUGAACGCGCUGGAGGCCGAGCUGGAGGCGGUCAGGGCCGAGAUCCUCAAGCACAGGUACCAGCAGGCCGGCGCCGCUGGGGCCAGCCUCGUUGACGACGACACGCACGCUACGGGCAGCUUCGUGGCUCCUGCGCCGGCUCCGGUGCACGCGAGGGACGUGGUGUCGGUGGUGGAGACUGCUGGCCAAGGGGUCGCAGCCACCGCGCCGGGGAUGUCGGCAGUGUACGUUGCCGAAGCCGAGCAGCGGCCCUCAAGUAAUCACUAUGGCGCUCUUAAUAACCCAAGUGAGCAUGCUGCAUACUUUGGUUGACACAUGCAUGGAUUUAUUUAACAUUCUGGUGAGAUCACAACUAAACCGCUGGGAGAAUAAGCUGUGUGCGAAUUCAAUUUUAAUUUUAUAUAUACGGGUGUUCUAGAAGUAGAUCUUAUAGAUGUGGUUACAUUGGGUGACGAAAAAGUUCGUCCAGUGGAUUGUAUGUACCAUUAUUUUCUUGUAAGUGCCCAUAGGGAUUGUUGGUUGAUUAUUAGUUCAAUUAAAUAAUGCAUCUUGAACCUA